UUGCUUUUAUUUUCUAAUGGAUUAAAAGAACUGCAGAUAAAUGUGCUGAACCAUUUUUUGUGUGCCUUAGUUGGAUGGGUUUUUUCACGAGCCUUUUGUUCCUGCUUCAACCUAACUGCCGUCUUUAGUUAAGGUAUUUCCUCUAAUGGGUCGUGUUCUAUUAGAGUGUAACACCACCGCUGGAAAUCAACAAUGUGGAAAGGGCACUUCUGAAGAGAUAAUUGUUAUCCCCGUCUUGCUGGCAGUUAGUACUGUAAUUGUGGUUGCGAUUAUCCUAUGGAAAAUGUGCAAAAUGAAGAAAGAUAAGGAGAAAACGCCUAUCAUCAUAUUGUCUGAUGGUUCUAUAGAUACUGCCAGUCCCUCUGAAGUGGGAGAGUUCGUGCAGCUAAUAACGUUUCAUACUGCAGUCCGUAAGAAUGACUAUCUGGUCAAAAUGCUGUGGUGUCAGACAGAGGCCCAACCUUUGUACCUUAUACUCGAGGCUAUGAGUCUGGGCAACUUGCUUCAUUUCCUUUGGAAAGUAGCUCAGGUUGAUACAAGCUCUGCUGACUACACAUACAGCUUUACAGAGAAGAAGUUGUAUAACGUUGCUUUGCAAAUUGCGAGUGGACUAGAUUACUUGACUGGAGUACAGAAGUUAAUCCAUGGCUAUGUGGCAACGCAGAGUGUCGUGAUCCAUGAAGAUAUGAGAGUGAAGCUUUGUAACUUGGGAAUAGCAUUUGAUGUAUAUCGAACAGGAAGCCUUUCUUCUAGAAGAGCUGCUACCACUCCAGUUAAGUGGCUUGCACCGGAGAGACUUGCAAAACAGCCAGUCACGGACAAGAGUGAUGUGUGGUCAUUUGGGAUCUUCUUAUACGAACUGGUCACAUUAGGUGCACCACCAUACCCUGAUCUCCAACCUGUUGAUGUCUUCCCUAAACUUCAGAGGGGAUACCGGAUGCAAAAGCCACAACUCUGCAAAAAUUCUCUCUAUGACAUCAUGAAGCAUUGCUGGGAGUGGAAGUCACAUGACCGGCCAAGUUUUGGUAAACUAAUCAAAAGCUUGGAGUCCCUUAUGAGUCAUGCUGACAGUGUGACGCUGCUAACAUCCACAAGCAAACUAGAACUUGCCCAAUACAGACAAAUAGCUGGUGUUUUCGACUAGCGUGUAUAAGAGAACUGCAGUUCCGAAUUUGGUAGAAAUGUGCAGUUACUACUGAAUCCUAUUGCAAAGGAGGACUAAUUCAGUGAGAUUUCACUGGACAAGCAGAGCUCAAAACAAGUGACAGAAUUAAAUGUCAAAGGUGCUCUACAGAUGAAGUACAAGAUGGACUUAUUUAUUUUAUUUUACUAUUUUUUUUAUUUCAACCAGCCAGUGUGAUGACACAAAGUACAAUUUUAUUUGAAACUGUUUUGGCUCCAGUGGAGAGGUCAACUAGGUUUAAAAAGACCAGUAGACGUUUUUGUGAUGGUAUUCUAUAGAAAGGGGGGAUUGAGAGACAUGAAUAAUGCCAAUAACCUUUUAAAAUGCGAGUAAUGUAUAGUAAUCUGAAUUGAGACAUUUCUUGAUGAGCAUUUUUUUGCACUGUAAUUUUCACCAGCAAGGUGCUGAGAAUUGAAAUCUACCAUGACCCAACUCACCAGUUCUAAUUCUGAUUAAUGUUCACAAAAUGUUUUGGAAUGACAUUGGGUAUGUUGGCCUUUUGUUGGCUGUUACAUAAAUUAUCAUGAUAGAAAUACCUGGCUUUGUUCAUGUAAAAAUCUGUUGCUAUCUAUACGUUUACAUAUGUUUAGACUUUAAAUGUGUUCAGAAACCUGAAUUUAAUUAGGGAACAUUAUAAUUUGUCAAGACUAAUGCAAGCUGAAGAUGACAGACACUUAUGGUUUCCUUGUAUUGCCUUCCUGAAUUUUGCCACACCACUGUUUCACAAAAAGGAAGUAUUAGCUUCUCAUUGCAUUUAAAAAGACUGAAGAGCUCUUUUACAAUGACCGUAACUAAAUGCAGUACCCUUGUAUUUGUGAAGCAGAAUGUAUGAGCACUGGUGUAUAUAUAGUUGUGCACAGUAACAUUCAAGAUUUAAAAAGUAUUCAGACCCCUGUCUUAAUGCACAAUAAUUUUGUACUGAAAUAAUGUAAAAGUGGAACUUCAUAGCACUUCAUCUUGAAUAUUGAACACUGCUUUAGGCAAACAAAUUAUUUUUGCUGAUGUGCAAUCAAAAAAUGUUUGACAUGAUGAUCUAGUAUUAGCUGGUAUAAAAACAUCGGAAAUUGUGCAGUACAGGUUUUGCAGCAUUGUUGCUCAUAAAAUGGUAAUGGAUGAGUAGUUUAACAGAGCUCAAAAAGGGAUGCAGUACUUUUGGAAAAAUAUAGUUAAAUGCAGUUAUCCCCUAUUAGUAAUGCUUAUUCUUGGGUUCUUGCAGGUUGCUCAAACAAGAGCAGGCUGCAUAAUUUCAUAAAGCUGUGAAAUAUUGAUAUGUCUAGCAUUUUUAUCUUAAGAGAUGGUACAUUUAGCUCUUUGCUCUAUUUUUAAUAGGUUUGUUUUGAUGCAUCAUUUUCAUUUUGGUUUGGUUUACAGAAUAGUAUGACUAUGAUGUAGAUUUGCAAGUCAGUAAAAAAAAUAGUAAUUCAGACUGAUAGCUAAUGACAUCUGAUAAUUUGCAUUUCUAGCCUGAUUUUGGUAUAUUACCAUUUUAAUUUUCUUUGGCUUCUUUUUCUGUGACCUGUGCUUGCUGCUUAUUAGGGCAUUAUAAUAAAAAUAGAAUAUAUCAUAUAUGUAGAUAACUGAUGCCAUAUAUGUAAAUUAACUGAUAAAGGUACAACUGAUGCUGUUUCCAAAGACAUUAACCUAAUAAAUGCAACCUUUGCUUGUCACAGUA